AUGGAUCUAUCACUGCUAUCGCCGCCUGCGGUUAGUGCCCUACGAGACUCAUUUGGGGAUCGAAAGCCGCCAGACAUUACCCGCAAGAUUACAGCCUGUGUGGCGUGUAGGAAGCAAAAGGUCAAAUGCCAUAUGCGAGAGGGUCAAACCCCGUGUACCCGCUGCCAUAAAAGAGGUCUCUCGUGUACAGUCAAUCGAAGUUUGCAGAUGAUACUAGAGGAUGAUGCAACAUGGAAGAACUCUGUCGUUCAGAAGAUUCGCUGGCUGGAUGAGACCGUAGCUAAGAUCGCAACAAAAGUCGAUCUUCCAGAGUUACAGUCAUCGUCCUCGCCAUCUCACGUUGUUUCGCCAGAGUAUCACCUCCCGCCAAUGCAACAUCAUACACCGCCGACGACGAGCGAGCCAGAGCAAGCGCAGAUCUGGGAGGUCGUUAUGGACCCUCAAGGUGGACCGGCUUCCAUUCCCGCCGCCUGCGUAUCAGAAGUUCGCUCCACUCGUGCAUCUGGUAGUUUUACAUCUGCGGGCCGACCCGAUCUGAUUUCGAUCGGUGUCUUGUCCCUACCACAAGCCCUUGCUCUUUUUGACGUCUACUGCCUUCGACUGGAUCAUUUCCUUUACCGAAUAUUAGGUGACCACACAAGUCUGGAUUCGAUCCGCAGAACAUCUCCUCUAUUAACGGCAGCCGUCUGCACGGUUGGGACGCUCCAUUCGCGAUCGCUGGGACAUCUGUUCGAAGCUUGUUAUCGGGAGUACAAGAAUGUAGUAGCAGCGCAGACAUUUUCCUCGAGCGUUAACGAAGAUGAUGUCCGUGGCCUUUGCAUCGGUGCCUUCUGGCUUCAUGAGCUGUCGUGGGCCCUGAUCGGAACUGCCGUGCGAAUUGCGUCCGACAUCAAGCUACACCACGGAAUUUACAGGGCCUUACAUGGCGAUAGAGUAGGCUACCUGCAGGCCCGGCUCUACUAUCUUGUCUAUGUAUGCGACCAUCAUUUCUCCGUCGCGUAUGGUCGCCCUCCAAUGUCUCGAGAAGGGCUUAUUAUCGACUCUGCUGGCCGAUUCCUGGAAAUUGAGCAUGCAACCGAGGAUGAUGCUAGGCUAGUUAGCCAAGUCAAGGAAUGGUCCGUCCUGAGCCAGGUAUUCGAUACAUUUGGCGUUGAUAUCGACGCUCCUGUUCCUGCACAGAAGUUGCCCCAACUCCGCCGAUAUUCAAUUGCCCUUGACACCUGGUACGCAGACUGGAACGAAACAUUUUGUUCCAAUCGAAAUGUCGGCAAUUAUCCCCAGAAGGGCGUGGGGUUUCAUUUCCACUUUGCCAAGCUGUAUCUCUGCUCUCAUGCAUUUCGGGGAGCAGCGACGCAGGGAGGGGCCCCUUGCUUGACGCCCGACAUGGAAGAAAUUGCUAACACCGGCGUCCUUUCAGCCAUGUCAAUCCUGCGGGUAAUUGUAUCGGACGAGGAGUUUCGGUCUUUCUUGAACGGGCUCCCGCUAUACUUCGAUACCAUGCUCGCAUUUGCCGUUGUCUUCCUCCUCAAGGUGGCGACAAAAUACGCCACCACCAUCCGAAUCGACACUGGCAAAAUCCUAUCGCUCGUAGCCAAAACUGUUGAAGCACUCCAGGAAAUUACCCAUUCCAUGCACCGACAGCAUAUCCUUGUGGUCAUUGCAGACGGUCUAGGCAAGCUGCUCAGCAAAUGCCAGGAACCAACAACCCAUCUUGGCGAGGCAAUCCAUCCAUCUCCAGCUCCGGAACAGCCCUCUCAGGAGGAUAUGACCUGGAUGGGAAACAUGACCAACUUUGAUUUUCUGUCUAAUAUGCCUGAUGUAGACGACUGGCUGUUUCAUUAUAAUACAUCGGCCGGCCCUACAGGGCCUGCGAUGAUUCCCCCCCACUCAUAG